GGUGGGAGGUGGGGCAAGCAGGGAGAGGGGUGAAUUCCUUAGGUUCGGUGGAGCAGAUUGACAGGUACAGUCGCUUUAUGAUAAAUGACUUGGCAUAGAGAAAGAAAUAAUAGAUAUGAUGGGAAAACUCUAAAUAGAAGAGGAUCUGUGGCCAAGAACGACCUUGAUGUUUUCCUCUAUGACUGCCAGAUAAGACAAAAAAAAAUAGCUGUGCAGACUAGGUCGUGGAUGGAUCCUCCAUCAAGAACCCCUGCUCCAAGCCUGACGCCCGGCCCAAGCCCCCUGCCCUCCUAGCUAAGGGCAAGAUCUCCCGAGAAAGCCCCCUCCUCCCCUUGGCUCUGGCUUCCCGUUCAGCAGUCUCUUCUCUCCAGCUCAGCCACACUGUUCCUCAGCCCCGCGCCACACCCACUGGAACCACCGGAAUCACAGCUGUAGCAAAGAAAAUGUUUGAAAACCAAGUUGCCCUUUGAUCGGAGUUUACCGGUGCAUACCCAGGGCCCACAGCAGCCCGCAGGUUGACACCAAAUUGCUCAAUAUGGGAAAAGUCCAAAUGGGGACAACUGCGAGGUGAACGGCCCAUGGAGGGCACAGUCACUGUGGCCAGGCACUCCGUGCAGAUGUCUCACGCACUGUCAUUCCAAAAUGUGGCAAUGACCCUUCUGGUUAGUCUGGAAUGUCUACCCGGCGUGGGGUAGUUAGCCUCCUAGCCAAAGGGCACAUCUGCCCACGCAAGUCACGCUCAAGGAUAGUUGUCCGGACAGCUUUCUCUCCAGCAGGCUGGCCUGGAAGCUCCCAGUGGCCGGAGGCCUCUGCCUCAGUGAUCCUGCUGCAUCUGCGUUGUCCCCGAGAGUGGAUUCCCAGCCGGGUCCCAGAGCGGCGAGGCGGAUGCAACUCGAGGUGGCUUGUGUGACUCCUGCCGGUGCCUGAGGAGCGGUGUGAUCCCGAGGGAGCAGGGCGCUGCCUGGCGGUAGCGGGGCUAGGCGGGUGCCCGUGGCCAUGGCCAGCACGGCCGUCCAGCUCCUGGGCUUCCUGCUCAGCUUCCUGGGCAUGGUGGGCACACUGGUCACUACCCUCCUGCCGCACUGGCGCAGGACGGCGCACGUGGGCAGCAAUAUCCUCACGGCCGUGUCCUACCUGAAGGGGCUCUGGAUGGAGUGCGUGUGGCACAGCACGGGCAUCUACCAGUGCCAGAUCUACCGUUCGCUGCUGGCGCUGCCCCGCGACCUGCAGGCAGCCCGCGCGCUCAUGGUCAUCUCCUGCCUGCUGUCCGGCCUGGCCUGUGCCUCCGCCGUCGUGGGCAUGAAGUGCACGCGCUGCGCCAAGGGCACACAGGCCAAAGCCACCUUCGCCGUGCUCGGGGGAGCGCUCUUCCUGCUGGCCGGGCUCCUCUGCAUGGUGGCUGUCUCCUGGGUCACCAACGACGUGGUGGAGAACUUCUACAACCCACUGCUGCCCAGCGGCAUGAAGUUCGAGAUCGGCCAGGCCCUGUACCUCGGCUUCAUCUCCUCGUCCCUGUCGCUCAUUGGUGGCAUGCUCCUGUGCCUGUCCUGCCAGGAUGACACACCCUACAGACCCUACCAGGCCCAGCCCAGGGCAGCCACUGCAGGCACCGCACCCGCUUACCGCCCGCCCGCCGCCUACAAGGACAACUGGGCACCCUCAGUGACCUCGGCUUCCCACAGUGGGUACAGGCUGAACGACUACGUGUGAGUGGCUCCCCCAUCCCUGCCCGGUUCCCUGAGUGCCUGCUGACUGAUCAGGGUUCCAGCAUCAAGUUUACUUCUGGGUCAUCUUUGUGCCCAAGGAAAUAAUGUGAACAAGAGGACACGUGCUUAGAACACAGGGAGGGACCAGGAAUUGAGAGUACACUGAAGCUCUGGAUACCCAAGGCUUUAAAAAAGAAAUCGUUGCUGUUUUUGUAUUUAUUAUAUGUAUUUAUGUGAGUGACUUAAUAAGAGUGUCAUAAAAAGUAACCGGAGUUUUUGGUCAGUGGAGUUUGUUUGUGAUACAGGAAUAAACAUUUUGGAUGUGGUUGUUUAUGCAAA